GAUCAAACUGUUGCUUCAAGAUGUGUUUAACAUGUCAUAGGUCCGUGUUUUUCUGUUGAAAGUCACACUGUUGACUGACAGGAAUUACAGGCGUACUGGAGCUCAAAGUGUGAAAUAAUCAUCAGAAACAGAGUUAGACGGUCACACCCAUUAACACUUACAGAUAUUUUAACUUAUUGUAGAGUUUCUCUCCACUUUACUCUACAGAGCAGCUUCACAUCAGCACAUCUGUCGUUUUAUCAGUUUUGAAGAGUUUGUCUUUUCAUAUUUGUGAAACUGAUGAAGAUGUUUCUCCCUGUUUUGCUCUGCUUGUGUUUCUGGCGUCUGGAUGGAGCAGUUCCUGAGUCAGUGUUUGAGGGAGAUUCAGUCUCUCUAAAGUCUCGUCUCACUGAAAUAAAGGAUGAUGAUGUGAUUCAGUGGAGAUUUGGAUAUGAUAAAAGCAUUUUAAUAGCAGAAAUCAAUAAACGGGCCGGCAGAUUCACUGUAUAUGAUGAUGUUCUUGAUGGGAGAUUCAGAGACAGACUGAAGCUGGACAAUCAAACUGGAUCUCUGACCAUCACAAACACCACAACUGAACAUGAAGGAGAUUAUAAACUACAGAUCAACAGUGCGAUUAGAGAGAGUUUCUAUCUCAAUGUCUACGGACUGAAGUCAGUGUUUGAGGGAGAUUCAGUCUCUAUAAACUCUAAUCUCACUGAAAUAAAGGAUGAUGAUGUGAUUCUGUGGAGGUUUGAAGAUGGAAACACUUUAAUAGCAGAAAUCAAUAAACGGGCCGACAGAUUCACUGUAUAUGAUGAUGUUCUUGAUGGGAGAUUCAGAGACAGACUGAAACUGGACAAUCAAACUGGAUCUCUGACCAUCACAAACACCACAACUGAAGAUACUGGAGUUUAUCGUCUACUGACCAACAGUGAGAUCAAGCUUUUUAUUCUCGAUGUCUUUGAUGAAAUGGAGUCAGUGUCAGUGAUGGAGGGAGAUUCAGUCUCUCUAAACUCUAAUCUCACUGAAAUAAAGCGUGAUGAUGUGAUUCUGUGGAGGUUUGAAGAUGGAAAGACAUUAAUGGCAGAAAUCAAUAAACGGGCCGAUAGAUUCACUGUAUAUGAUGAUCUUGAUGGGAGAUUCAGAGACAGACUGAAGCUGGACAAUCAAACUGGAUCUCUGACCAUCUCACACACCACAACUGAUCAUGCUGGAGAUUAUAGACUACAGAAAUUUUCAGGAAGAUUCUCAUCAAAACUAUUCAGAGUUUCUGUCUAUAACUCUGCCCACUGCUGUGGUCCUACUGAAGCUGUGAUCCGAUUGGUCCUCUCUGCUCUGGUGGGCGUGGCUACUGUCAUCAUUCUGGUUUAUGACAUCAGAUCCAGAAGAGCUGAACGAGAUCAAGCACAUAUUCACACAUCAGGUGCAUGAUUGAUGAUGUCAUUUCUCACAAACUGAUUUGCCAUAUAUAUUUGUGAGGUUCAUUACUUUUUGGCUUUAUAUAUAUAUUUUUUUAUCUUUUCUACUGAAAUCUAAAGCAGAACGCUGAACUUUAAAGAUUCUUCAAGUGUGUUUUUUGCUCUUCUGGUGUUUUUUUCAUAAUAAAUACUGAAUAUUUGAGCUUGACGAUUUUUGAGGUUUAAAAAACAUCUUAUUUGUAAUGCUUUAUUGUUGAUAUUUCUCUCAGAUACAAAAAAUAAUAAUAAAGAGACACAGAUCUCACUUUAAACUGCUGUAUAUUUGCUGUAUGUAUUUUCUUGCCUUUAUCAAUAAAGUUUCUCACUCUGAG